UCCACCGGGUUGUGCAGAACGGCAGCCGCGUAGUAGCGCAUGCUGAAAACCGCCCCGCUAUCGAUCCGUCCACGGUCCCGAGCUUUCUCUCGCUUCUCCUCACAAGCCUCGCGAACGUCGCCACCGAGCAACCGUCCUGUUGCCGAGCAUACGUAUCGGGCGCGAUUUUAUAUAUAUUUCCGCGUAACAACAUAUCCUUCCUCGUUCUUCCGUCUAAUUUGAUUGGCACGUAACGAGUGCCCUAGGAAGUAGGAUCAACAGCGGCAGCGUUAUGGCACGUCGGGGCGAACACUGCAGGGCGAUUUUCCUACUGUGGUGUGUCACGGGCAUAGCGUUUAGUAUCCCCCUUCCUUCGCCGAUGCCGCGACAAGUGGACGAGCAACGUUAUACCACACGGAGAAUGUCGAAAAUCUUCCUGGAAUAUCCUACUCCGAAGACGAGAUUGCCCUUGCCGAUAGUCAAUUCUGAACUCAAAACAACCACGAUCGUGCCCUCAACCACAUCGACCACACACAAAUCGUUUUCCACCGAAGAACCCUUGUAUCGGCUGGAUGGAAGCAACGGACAAGCUUGCAUUCUUCUUCAAGUAGAUGCACUCAUCACUGUUAAAUAUCGCACAAAACUCGGCGAGGAUCAAGAAGCGGAUAUCUACGUACCUAACGAUGCAAUUGUGACCGGAAAUUGUGAUAACGAAAACACGGUGACAAUGUCAUUGAAAUGGGAAGCCUUCGUACUAUCUUGGAGCUUCGCUAAGACACCAGGUGGUGAACGCUGGUAUGUCGAGAAAAUCGAACUGACCUAUAACUCCAGUGACAAACACUUUGAACAUAUUGCUCAGCCAAACAAGACUAUUCGACUGAGUACCGGCCAGAAACAUAGCUCCAUGCUGUUUCCCACACCGGUCGGAAAAUCGUACGCUUGUUCCGAAGAAACCGAGAUUUCGCUCACCGACGGCAAAAAUCAUGCCAGCGUACUUUUGAGAGACAUGAAGCUGCAACCGUUCAAGUUCAAGAACAACGAGUUUGCUGCCGAAUUUUCGUGCACCUCGCUAAGCGCGCGGGCCAACAGAGACGAGACUGCGCCAGUUGCAGUUGGCUCCACGUUGGCCGCUGCGGUUCUUUUAACAAUCACCGGCUAUGCGGCCUACCGAUAUUUCAAAGUGAAGAAGGUUCAGUACGACACGAUGGAGUAAAGAAUACCCGGGGAUCCCACUGUCACGUCGAUGCCAAAGAAGCACGUAUCGCCAAAAAUUGACGCCGUUCGCGAAUGAGCGACACACAAUUUUUCUCAACACUACGCGCGCUAGUCGUUCCUAGAAAAGAAUCAGGUGCGUUUCUUUCUGAAAUUUUACUUUUUGGAUAUUUCUUUUUUGUUAGACAUGAACAUAGCAUAUCGACACAUAUCGACGUAUCUUGUAAUUAUCACGGAAAGAAUCCGCGAUGAUCUCCGAAGAUACCUAAUAAAUGAGUCGAUUAACGAUUAAAUUAUAAAGUCCGGCUUAGAGCGGACUCCGCGAAACAAGAUAUCGCGCAUAGAAAUCUUCUAGAUAGACAUAUCUGAAUACAUAUCCAGUAUACCCUACCGUAAACAUUAAAAGAUAUUUUAAAAUAGUUUUUUUAUUACUUAAAAAAAAUAUCAACCUGAAUCUAUAUGUUA